AUGAUGGAGCUUCAAACGGAGAAAAGGUUCCACAACUUAACCCUCGAGCAAGUCCAGGCUCUGGACAAGGUCUUGACUGAGGUGAUCCCCAUCCACGGACGAGGGAACUUUCCUACACUGCAGGUGAGAGCGAAAGACAUCAUUCGUGUGGUGAAGGAUCGGCUGGUCGAGAGAGACAUCCAGGUGAAAGACAUACGGCUUAAUGGCGCGACUGCCAGCCACGUCCUGGUGAGGGAUAACGGCCUGGGCUAUAGGGACUUAGACAUCAUUUUUGGAGUGGAGCUGCCCAGGCAGGAGGACCUCCAGGUGAUUAAAGAGGUGGUGCUGGGCAGCCUACGAGACCUCCUCCCUUGUGGAGUUAACAGGCGGAAGAUCACCUGCCUGACAAUGAAGGAGGCCUAUGUGCAAAAGAUGGUGAAAGUUUUCAAUGAGCAUGACAGAUGGAGCCUUAUCUCGCUCUCUAACAACAGAGCUAAAACUGUGGGGCUCAGAUUUGUCAGUUCCCUUCGAAGGCAGUUUGAGUUCAGCGUGGAUUCCUUCCAGAUAAUAUUAGAUCGAAUGCUGGACCGCGGGGAAAGCUCACAGGCCGGGCCAGCAGAGGAGCCCACCAUCACCGUCGAAGCGGAGUGCAUGUACGGAGACUUCGAACAGGCGAUGGACCACCUCCGCCACCGCCUCAUAGCCACCCACAACCCAGAGGAGAUCCGAGGAGGGGGCCUGCUCAAAUACAGCGACCUGCUGGUGAGGAACUUCAGACCGGCCAGCGAGACAGAGAUCAAGUCCCUGGAGCGCUACAUGUGCUCCCGCUUCUUCAUCGACUUCCCCGACGUGAGCGAGCAGCAGCGGAAGAUUGAGGCCUACUUGCAGUGCCAUUUCAUCGGCAGCGAGGAGGCGAGCAAGUACGACUACCUGAUGACCCUGCGGCGAGUGAUCGAUGAGAGCACGGUGUGUUUGAUGGGACACGAGAGGAGACAGACGCUCAACAUGAUCACGGUCCUGGCUCUGAGGGUGCUGGGCGAGCAGAACGCCAUCCCCAACACGGCCAACGUCACCUGUUUCUAUCAGCCGGCCCCGUACAUGGCGGAGCCAAUUUACAGCAGCUACUUCAUCACCCAGGCCCAGCCCCCGCUCGUCUACCACCCCUACCCUCUACACGUCCACAUGCAGACUGGCCUGGUGUAG